AAAACGGAGAUGUUAGAAAUUUGAAUUAUUUUUAAAAAGAUUUGGUAAAUAAACUUUUCACUUCUCGGGGAUGUAAACCCACGCAAAACUUGACAUUUAAUAUGAGGACCCUCAGCAAGAUCUUAGUGACAGCUGGCGCCGUGAGUGUAGCCAGUACAGCCUACUUAUUGUAUAAACUCCUCUCCAGCACUGAAGAGGAUGACAGCGAUGAAGAUGAAGAGAAGCGACAGAGUGCCACGUCUAAACAGACCAUCAUAGAGCUCGAGGUCCCGGCUAAGGCAGCGGGGGGCAUCAUAGGCAGACAGGGGUCCAACAUAAAAGAGAUCCAGAAGACUACAGGCACAAGGAUAAAUUUUAAAGACGACAACAACCGGGCUAAAGAAGAAGAUGAGAAGCGUACAAUGGUGAUACGGGGGACAGCUGAGUCCGCUCAGAAAGCCGAGCUCAUCAUCAGGGAGUUUGUGGCCAACAUGCCAGUCGUACUCACCGAGCAGAUAUUUGUACCGUCAAGUGCUUUAGGCAGGAUUAUAGGUAGGGGUGGAGAAACAAUCAGAAGCAUCUCCAGAUCAGCCAACGCAAAGGUGUACAUUGACCGGACAAAGGAUGAAUAUAGAGAGGUUGAUAGAGAAGUCCAGAUCACAGGGACUAGAGAACAGAUAGACCUAGCCAAGACAUUAAUUGAAGAAAAACUCCAAGAAGAAAAAUUGUUCAGAGCCAAGAAAUCUGUAAUGGAGGCCAAUCGGGAGAAGCGUAACAAGUCAAAGGUAGACACUGAAGAUGAGCAGAGAGAAGCCUUACCAUUGGACAAAGCAGAACCAGUACCUAAGACCCCUACACACCACACAGAGAACACCUGCUCCUGGCCGAGUGGGAGGGAGUAUGUGGAGGUCUAUGUCAGCUCUGUGGCCAACCCCUCCACCUUCUUUGUACAAAUCCUGACCUCCAUGUCUAUACAGCUGGACGAGAUGGUUAAAGAUAUGUCACAGUACUACAGUAAAGAGAGAGAGGUUGACAAUGUUAAGUUUGCACAAGUGGGAGAUUUGGUGGCUGCACCAUUUGACCAGGAUACAUCAUGGUACAGGGCCAGAGUGUCAGGUUUCCAAGGAGAUGACCCUGAGCAGCUUGACCUUUUCUACCUUGACUAUGGAGACAGCUGUUAUCUGUCCAAGAGUAAAGUCCGUGUCUUACAACCAGACUUCUUAAGAAUUCCUUUCCAGGCUAUUGAGUGUGAGAUGGCACAUGUUUGUCCUACAGAUGGAGACAGCUGGGAGGAGGCAGUAGUGGACAGAUUUGAGCAGAUGACGUACUCCGCCAUGUGGAAAGUCCUGAUGGCACAUCUGGUGGAGAUAAAAACUCUGUCCACCGGGGAGAAAAUCCACAUAGUGGAGCUGGUGGAUACAAAUGGCGAAAAGGAUAUAAAUGUUGGAAAAAAGUUAUGUGAAGAUGGACUGGCCAGGUGGUGUGAAGCAGAGAAGUAGUCAAUGAAAGUUAAACCUGACAGACAGGGGGAAAGAGAGAAGAAGAGAGGGGUGUUAGAAGCCACUGUAUAGUGUUUUGAUCAAUUUUAAAUUGCUUUUCAUAGAAUGACCUCUGGAUGUAGAAUUUGGCUGCAAUAGGGGUAAAAUGUUUUCUUAGAAAUAUAUUGGUAAAAAAUCUUUAAAAAGUCCUCUUCAUGAGAAAAGCAAAGCCAUGAUUAGUCAUAUUGAUAUUGAAAACAUCCUCAAGUAGUGUAGAUUGAAGUUGGGGUUUGGCUAAAUGCGUUAGGAAAAUUCAACAUAUGGAUUUAUAGGAAAAAAUUCUCUAAAACUCUUUUUCUUGAGAUCAGCAAAGUCAUGUUAAAGCUUAACUCCGCUAGUAAAUAGGCAUAAUGAUAUGCCAUUUUUGACAUUAUCUGCAAAUGAGCACUAGGUUAUAGUGUCAAUUUCUUAUUUUACGUGUCUACAAAUUAUCGUCCUAAAGCAUUUUGAUUGCAAAUAGCGAGAAAAAUAACUCAUAAGUGGGCUGCUUUUCAACAAAUGUUAAGUGUAUUUUAGCACAAUUAAAAUAAAGGCUAGUAACUCUAUUUCACAUUUAUCUCGAAAUUACGCAAUAAUUCCUCUCGUAUAUAUAGGCAUCUACACUAAUUUUUGAAUUUGUUACACCUCACUGCUUUCUUGUCAUGGGUAUAGUUGUGGAAUUGGGACUCGUGUUUGUGCUGGUUAUCUUGCAUUACCUUUGUUUACAUUUUAUUGCGGUUGCAUAUAUUUCGUUUGUUUGUAUACUGCAAUGACCUGUGCAAGUAUUGUAAGUUUCAUUGGUAUCUUAUUUUCCUGCAUUAGUACAAGUAUAUAGUUAUUUUUGCUUAGGAAUGCUGUAUAGCAUACAUCAGUCCACAUUGUUGAUUACACUUGACUGUGACAAUGUCAGCCCCUUUAUAUAGGGGUCCACAGAUUUUAGUGAUAAUCCAAUCAAGAAUGGUGGACACAUUCCUUUUACGAAUCAUAUUCAGUUUUAAGUCCCAUUUAUAUGGAAGUAUUUAGUGUGUAGACUCAGGUUUGUUCAAAUAAUGACCCCUGGUUUGUAGGAUGUGGCUUCAGCUAUAAAAAUAAUGACACUUGAGGUAGGAUGGACUCACCAUAGGAAUAAAAAAAAUUAACUCGAGUAUAUAAUAAAAACUCUUCUAAUGAAGAAUAGCAGAGCCAUAUUGACAUGUCAGUGUUUUGACCAUAGGGCCUUUCGUUAAGAUAAGAUUUGUCACUAUCAAUAUCAAGGUUGUCUGACUUUUGUCUUUUUUUCCUCAAUUAUUUUUUCGUAUCUGAUGAACUUGUGAAUCUCAAGUUUCAUAUAUUUUCAUAUGCAUAUUUUUGUCAAAGUUCCAGUAAGAAAUCAGAACUAUUAAGGGCAUUUUCGUUUCAGCAGAAUUUUGUUGACGUACUAUUUUAAUAUCUUGUAUGCUUACAUGUAACUUCAUUGGCAUCUAGUCAUUACAUGUAUGUAGUUUGCUACUUAGUCAGAAUGUAUGUUUGUAAAAAAAAAAAAACCCUGACUUAACAGGUCGUUCAUCUUCAUAUUCGAUGUACUGAGGUAUUUGUAUUCCCCGGUAUAAUCAAGACUUGCUAAUCCUUCAUCCAUGUACAUUGAAAACUGAACACUUGUUUAUAUUCUGUUUCACUGUGAAUACGAACCCAGGCAACCCAUUUUACUGUUUUUUAUGCUUCUUUCACUGUCCAGUCCAACACUCUGUGUAUUUUGAUAUUCAAUUUGAAGGUUUCACUGAUAUGUGAAAAUUGUUUCAAGUACUAUGCAUUGAAUUUUCAUUCACCAUUACAUUGAUGGUUGAUGAUCGGAAUCAUAUAUUUUGCUGUAUGUCAUAUUGAAAGCAUUGAUUUUUUAUUAGUUUCUCACUUAUGAAUAUCACAUGUAGUUAUGUCUGUUUAUGUGUCAUUUUCUAAAACAAGAUAAUUGCACUUCGUGGAAUGGAUUGUAUCUUAAAUCAUUUUAUGAGAGAACUUGUGAGUAGUGUCCUUGUUUUAUUUGGAUAGCCCCCCUCCGACUUUUUUUAUGGAUUGAAAGGGCACUGUUACUAAUUUGCGCAUCUUAGAAUAUGUCUUAUCAAUAUGCAUAUAAGUUUACAUUUAGUGAUACAAGUCAGUGUGACAGAAACGUUUUCUUUCUCAGGCACUAAAUACAAAAUGCAAUUUUUAAAUAAUUAUUUUGAAGGAGGUAGAAAAACUCUUUUUUUUUCUUUGAAUGAGAAUCAUGUUUCGUUUUAGUUGACUUUGAAAUAUAAGAUAACAAAAUACAUAAAAUCGUAUUGCUGAUUACUUAUUACAUGUACAUGUAAGUACUUGCUGUUUCUGAAUGCAACUAAUUGAGUGUACAUUUUGUUUAGUGGUGUGAACUUUCACUGAGUAUUAUUUUGAUAAAGACAAAUACUUGAGUACUUGACAGACUUGUGUGAAUUUUUUAGUCAAAGUUGUAGUUACAAAAGCUGACUUUCAAACGCCAAAGAGACUUCAAAUUUCUUUGUAGUCUGGCAUAAUGCGAAUGCAUGUACCUGUAAACACCAUUAACAUAAAUUUCUAUAGGUAUGAGAAUGACGCCAAUUGCUCACUUGUUGUUCGAAACAUGUGGUCUAAUGGAUACAUGUAUAUGACGUUCUUUGAUUACAUUUAUAAUUAUUUGUGAAAUAUUUUUUUUUUUUAAAUAUUUGUAUAAUGAAUUCGUCAUGUCGUCAUUCAUGUGGAAUAUAUUGCUUGGGUAUUUCUUAAAGGAGAUUGUGACAUGCUCAGAACUUGCAUUAUAUUCAAAUAUUAACAUUGUGUCUGUGUGUGACAGAGCCAAACAAAUUCAUUUUAAAGAUUUUUUUCGUAUUCAGUUUGUACCCAAGUGGAAUUAUCUUUAAAUUAAUCAUCGAUUUUUUUGUAUAGCCAGGGCUACAAUUAAGUUUUGGAGUCUGUCUUAUUAAAA